CGUCCCGUUCCACCUUCAGCCAUUUUAGCCAUGUUGGGCGCUGUAGGACGCUGCUGUACCGGGGCACUCCAGGCUCUGAAGCCUGGGGUCAACCCCUUAAAAGUCUUCAGUGGAACUCCAGCAGCUCUUUACUCUCGCCGAAACUAUGCUGCUCAGGCUUCUCCAUCAGCCAAGCCUGUGACGGCCAAUGGCCGCAUCGUGGCAGUCAUCGGUGCCGUUGUGGACGUCCAGUUCGAUGAGGGCCUGCCUCCCAUCCUCAACGCGCUGGAGGUCGCCGGCCGUGACACCAGGCUGGUGCUGGAGGUGGCACAGCAUCUGGGGGAGAGUACUGUGCGUACCAUUGCCAUGGAUGGCACUGAAGGCUUGGUACGUGGACAGAAAGUCAUUGACACAGGGGCACCAAUAAGGAUUCCAGUCGGUCCGGAAACCCUGGGCAGAAUUAUGAAUGUCAUUGGCGAGCCCAUUGAUGAGCGAGGACCAAUCAGCACUAAGCAGACUGCUCCCAUCCACGCAGAAGCCCCCGAAUUCACAGACAUGAGUGUGGAGCAAGAAAUCCUGGUCACUGGUAUUAAGGUUGUUGACCUGCUUGCCCCUUAUGCCAAGGGUGGUAAGAUCGGUCUGUUUGGAGGAGCAGGUGUUGGCAAAACUGUGCUCAUUAUGGAGCUGAUCAAUAAUGUGGCCAAGGCCCAUGGUGGUUACUCUGUGUUUGCUGGGGUGGGAGAGCGCACCCGUGAGGGAAAUGAUUUGUACCAUGAAAUGAUUGAGUCCGGUGUCAUCAACCUGAAGGACACCACUUCAAAGGUGGCGCUGGUGUAUGGACAGAUGAACGAACCCCCAGGUGCCCGUGCCAGAGUUGCCCUGACUGGUCUUACGGUUGCUGAGUAUUUCCGUGAUCAGGAAGGACAGGAUGUGCUGCUUUUCAUUGACAACAUCUUCAGAUUCACUCAGGCUGGUUCAGAGGUGUCUGCCCUGCUGGGGCGUAUUCCAUCUGCUGUAGGUUACCAGCCAACCCUGGCCACUGACAUGGGCACCAUGCAGGAGAGAAUCACCACCACCAAAAAGGGUUCCAUUACUUCAGUACAGGCUAUCUAUGUGCCUGCUGAUGAUUUGACUGAUCCUGCUCCCGCCACCACUUUUGCUCACUUGGAUGCCACCACUGUGCUGUCCCGUGCUAUUGCUGAGCUGGGCAUCUACCCAGCUGUGGAUCCCCUGGACUCCACAUCCAGAAUCAUGGACCCCAACAUUGUAGGCGCAGAGCACUAUGAUGUGGCCCGUGGUGUGCAGAAGAUCCUUCAGGAUUAUAAAUCCCUUCAGGAUAUUAUUGCCAUCUUGGGUAUGGAUGAGCUGUCUGAGGAAGAUAAGCUGACUGUGGCCCGUGCUCGCAAGAUUCAGCGUUUCCUGUCGCAGCCAUUCCAGGUUGCUGAAGUGUUCACUGGUCACUUGGGAAAGCUGGUACCCCUCAAGGAGACCAUCAAAGGGUUCAAGAGUAUUCUUGCAGGUGAAUAUGAUGGCUUGCCUGAGCAGGCAUUUUACAUGGUUGGCCCCAUUGAAGAGGUAGUCCAGAAAGCAGAGAAACUGGCUGAAGAACAUUCAUAAAUGAAGGGGAGAAAUGUUCAGAGGAGCACUUGAUUCAUAACAUUUAACAUUCAAAACCUGUAUCUGAUGUCGUGUCAUCUUCCAAGAAAAGUCAUUUCUAUUUAAUGUUUCCAUGUUAAUGGGAAUGGUGGAGAUGGAAAUAAAAUCUCUUGUUGUAAACAU